AUGACUUUUGCUGUCUUCAUGGCUUUCUUAUGCUUGGGAGUGGCCUCAGCCAUUCCUUCACUGGAUUCUAGCUUGGAUUCUGAAUGGCAGGAGUGGAAGAGGAAACAUGAAAAAAUCUACAGCCCGGAUGAAGAAAGAGGGAAGAGAAUGGUAUGGGAGAAGAAUAUGAAAAUUAUCAAAAUGCACAAUGCAGAGUAUGACGAGGGAAAGCACAGCUUCUCCAUGGGAAUGAACUCCUUUGGUGACUUGACUGAUGAAGAAUUUAAGGAAAUGAUAGCCCGUCCUCGAAUCCCAUAUCCCAGGAGGGGGAAGAGAAUUCAGAAACGUAUGGUUGGUGGUGUUCCCAAAUCUGUGGAUUGGAGAAAGGAAGGUUAUGUGACUCCUGUGCAGCAUCAGGGCAGGUGUAAUUCUUGUUGGGCUUUUUCUGUGGCUGGUGCCAUAGAAGGACAGAUGUUCCGGAAAACAGGAAAACUGGUUCCUCUGAGUGUACAGAACCUAGUGGACUGCGUUAAACCUCAAGGCUGUUCUUCAGGCUCAACAAACUAUGCCUUACAAUAUGUGAAGGACAACGGAGGCCUGGAGGCUGAGAAAACCUACCAAUAUGAAGCAAAGGAAGGGCCCUGCAGGUACCAUCCUGAGCGUUCUGCUGCUAGAAUCACAGACUAUGUGAUUCUCCCAAGGAAUGAAGAAGCCCUAAUGAAUGCUGUGGCAACUAUAGGGCCCAUUUCUGCUGACAUUGAUGCUGCACAUCUUUCAUUCAGGUUCUAUAGGGAAGGAGUUUACUACGAGCCAACUUGCAGCACGGUCCGUGUGAAUCAUUCAGUUCUGGUGGUCGGCUAUGGUGUUGAAGCAAAUGGCACCAAGUACUGGCUACUCAAGAACAGCCAUGGUACAAAUUGGGGCCUGAAUGGAUACAUGAAACUGAUCAAAGACCGUAAAAACCAUUGUGGAAUUGCUUCAUUUGCUAUGUAUCCCACUGUGUGA